AUGACUCAUUUCGUUGGUGUUGACUUUAAUUCAUUAUAUCCUUCAUCAUUUUCAUCUAAUCCUCAUGAUUUCAUUCAAUAUACUGACCAUAAAAUGUAUAUGCCGGGAAGAUUGAAUGGUGUUAUCAUUUGUGAUACAGCAACAAAGAAAGCAAAAGCACUGGGAAUUAUUAAGAAGAAAAAUACCUUAUUCGUGGCUGAAGUAAAGGGUCACAUUGAUGAAAAAUACAUUAAUGAUUACAUAAACUUUUUACCGAUAAUAAGAAACUUAGAUAUUAUCACAGAUGAAAAAACAAUUGGCAGUUUUAUGUAUAAUUACAUGAAAUCAAACAAUCUACCAGUUGACCAGAAACAGAGGAAAUUAACUCAGUUAGCAUCAACACACAACCAAUAUCAACCAUUUUCUUCUUAUUAUCUUUGGUAUCUAAUAGACAGAUUUCAUUUUAUCAUCGAUGACAUUCAAUCAAUUUUAACAUUUACGAAAAACACUUGUUUUAAUGAAUUUGCGAACAAAUUUAUGAAUGAAAGACAAAAGGCUGAAUUAGAAGGAAAUAAAGGAAAAAGUUUAUUUUGCAAGAUUUCACUUAAUGGAUCAUAUGGUUACGAUGCAAUGAAUACACAAAAUUACGCAAAGACUAAAAUAAUGAAUGCACAGAAGGCACGCGUUGCAUGUAUGUCAAAUAAGUUUAAAAACAUAAGAGAAAUAGGAGAGGAUACAUAUCAACUGAUGCUCAAAGAUAGAUUUUAUAGAUGUGAUACAUGUUUACAAGAGGCAUUCUUCACUUUAGAUAAUGCUAAAUACUGGUAUUUGGUUUUCAUUUAUGAUUUUAUGUAUAAAUGCAUGAAUGUUAAUCGUUUUCAUUUCAUUGAAGGUGAUACUGAUUCAUCUUAUUGGGCAAUCGCUGGCGACCCAAAUCUUCCUAACACUCAAGCAUUUCAAGCAAUUGUUACUGAUAAACAAUUUUAUGAUAAAAACAUUUACAAAUUCGCACCUUUUGAUUUCUUUUGUUUUGAUGAGAAAUUUAAACCUAAAUUAAAGAAUAAAGCUGAAGAAAAAGCACAUGAGAAGAAGUUAUUGGGUUUAGCAAUUGAGAAACAAGGUGAUAACAUGGUUGCUUUAUGCCCUAAAUGUUAUACAUCAUUCAACGGUUCAAUUGAUGGAAGUGAUUUUAAAAAGAUUGCACAAAAAAUGAAAGGUGUUAGUUUACGACAAAAUAAACAAUUAACACCUAAAAAUUAUUUGGAUAUAAUAAAUGAUAAAUUGAUAUUUGAUGGUCAGAAUAUUAAUUUACAACUUAAAAACGGGUCUAUGACUCGCUUAACAAUCGGUAAGACUGCAUUAACAGGAGCACACACUAAGGCUGUAUGUUGUGAAAAUGGAUGUUGUAUGCCGUUUAUUUAA